AUGUCUAAUUACUACCAACAAGGACCUCCACAGGGGUACGGUCAAGGACCACCACAAGGAGGCUACUAUCAACAAGGACCACCACAAGGAGGUUAUUAUCAACAGCAGCAACCCAUGUACGUUCAACAACAACCACAAAGAGGUGGUGGUGUGGUGAAAAACACUACGGCAUUGUAA